AUGUCUCAGUUGUUUUAUCAAGGUGACUCCGAUGAUGAGCUACAGGAGGAACUUACUAGGCAGACUACUCAAGCAUCUCAAAGUUCUAAAAACCGGGAUAAAGAUGAAGUCAGCGAAUCCAAUCAUUUCAGCGUAGUGGAAAAUGAGGGCAACAAGCUUUUAGAUGAAGAUACGGUGUUGUACCCACUGAUACCUAACGAGUCAGAUGAUAUAGAAACGUCUAAGCCCAAUAUCAAUGAUAUUAGGCCAGUUGAUAUUCAAUUGACUUUACCAUUGCCGUUUCAGCAAAAGGUAGUAGAGAACUCAUUGAUUGCCGAAGAUUCAUUGGUUAUAAUGGGUAAAGGGCUAGGCUUGCUCGAUAUUGUUGCCAAUUUAUUGCAUGUUUUAGCUACACCGACAUCCAUUAACGGACAACUAAAGCGAGCGCUGGUCUUAGUGCUGAAUGCAAAACCCAUAGAUAAUGUAAGGAUCAGGGAAGCCUUAGAAGAGCUAUCGUGGUUCACCAAUACUGAAAAGGGCAAACCCGACGCUACUAUGGAGAGCGAUGAUGAACUUUUUGAAAGGCCUUUCAACGUAGUUACUGCGGACUCCCUGAGUGUUGAAAAGAGAAGAAAACUGUAUAUUUCAGGCGGAAUCUUGAGCGUCACUUCUAGAAUUCUCAUCGUGGAUCUCUUAUCCGGUAUUGUUCACCCGAAUAGGGUUACCGGUAUGCUGGUACUGAAUGCAGACUCACUUCGACAUAAUUCGAAUGAAUCGUUUAUAUUAGAGAUUUACAGGUCCAAAAAUACUUGGGGUUUUAUUAAAGCCUUUUCUGAAGCGGCAGAGACGUUCGUUAUGGAAUUCUCACCUCUCAGGACGAAAAUGAAAGAAUUACGGCUGAAGAACGUUUUACUAUGGCCGAGAUUCAGGGUGGAGGUCUCUUCUUGUUUGAAUGCGACCAAUAAGACUUCACACAACAAAGUCAUUGAAGUCAAGGUGUCCCUAACAAAUUCUAUGUCUCAAAUUCAGUUUGGGUUGAUGGAAUGUUUGAAAAAAUGUAUUGCUGAAUUGAGUAGAAAAAAUCCCGAAUUAGCUCUGGAGUGGUGGAAUAUAGAAAAUGUCCUGGAUAUAAACUUUAUCAGGUCGAUUGACUCGGUGAUGGUACCGAACUGGCACAGGAUUUCUUAUGAAUCAAAACAACUGGUUAAGGAUAUAAGAUUCCUACGCCGCCUUUUGAAGAUGCUCGUUACUUCAGACGCUGUUGAUUUUUUUGGAGAGAUCCAAUUAAGUUUGGAUGCCAAUAAACCGUCAGUAUCCCGAAAAUACAGCGAAUCACCAUGGCUAUUGGUCGAUGAGGCACAAUUGGUGAUAUCAUAUGCGAAGAAAAGAAUUUUUUACAAUAACGAAUACUCUUUAGAAGAAAAUCCAAAAUGGGAACAACUUAUUCAUAUAUUAGAUGAUAUUGCACAUGAGAGAAUAAACAACAGCUUUCAAGGGCCUACUUUAGUUGCUUGUUCCGACAACCUCACAUGUUUAGAACUAGCAAAAAUCUUGAAUGCUUCUAAUAAAAAGAGAGGAAUGCGUCAGGUGCUUCUGAAUAAGUUGAAAUGGUACAGAAAACAAAGGGAAGAAACGAAAAAAUUGGUCAAAGAAGUUCAAAGCCAGGACACUUUUCCAGAGAAUGCAACAUUGAACGUUAGCUCGACAUUUUCUAAAGAACAAGUGACUACGAAAAGAAGAAGGACAAGAGGUGCUUCACAAGUUGCAGCUGUUGAAAAGCUGAGGAAUGCAGGUGCCAACGUAGAUAUGGAGGAAGUGUUCGAAGGUCGCAAGUUAGCCGAAGAAAUUAAAAAGGAAAGCGACAAUUUGAAUGACAGUCAGGAAGAAAAUGCUGGCAUAAAUGAUGAAGAAAACGCGGCAAACGACUCAAAGAUUUUCGAAAUGCAAGAACAGGAAAACGAAAUUGUUACUGAUGAUGAGGACGCUGAGGUUGACAACGGAGAAUUAGAAUAUGGGGACGAUCUUCCACAGCACAUUACGACUCACUUCAAUAAAGAUUUAUGGGCAGAACAUUGUAAUGAGUAUGGAUAUGUUGAUCGUCAGGACGAAGUUUUAAUUUCUACUUUUAAAAGUCUCAAUGACAAUUGCUCAUUGCAGGAGAUGAUGCCCUCUUACAUUAUAAUGUUUGAACCGGAUUUAUCUUUUAUUAGGCAAAUUGAAGUUUAUAAGGCUAUAGUGAAGGAUUUGCGACCAAAGGUAUACUUCAUGUACUACGGUGAGAGUAUUGAAGAGCAAAGUCAUUUGACGGCUAUAAAGAGGGAAAAAGACGCUUUCACAAAGUUAAUUAGAGAGAAUGCAAAUCUGUCCCAUCACUUUGAAACAAAUGAAGAUCUUUCUCAUUACAAAAAUUUAGCUGAAAGAAAGUUGAAACUUUCAAAAUUACGAAAAUCCAAAACCAGAAAUGCAGGAGGCCAACAAGGAUUCCAUAAUCUUACUCAAGAUGUUGUCAUUGUAGAUACACGUGAGUUUAAUGCUUCAUUGCCAGGUUUACUCUAUCGAUAUGGUAUAAGGGUUAUUCCUUGUAUGUUAACGGUCGGCGAUUAUGUGAUAACCCCGGAUAUUUGUCUCGAAAGAAAAUCAAUUUCCGAUUUAAUUGGGUCAUUACAGAAUAACAGAUUAGCCAAUCAAUGUAAAAAAAUGCUAAAAUAUUAUGCAUAUCCGACGCUGUUAAUUGAGUUUGACGAAGGACAGUCAUUUUCUUUAGAACCUUUUAGUGAACGUAGAAAUUACAAGAAUAAAGACAUCUCAACCGUUCACCCUAUAUCAAGCAAGUUAUCCCAGGAUGAAAUUCAAUUAAAACUAGCCAAACUGGUAUUGAGAUUUCCCACUCUAAAAAUCAUAUGGUCUUCCUCUCCCCUGCAAACAGUGAAUAUAAUUCUAGAGUUGAAAUUAGGGCGUGAACAACCUGACCCUAGUAACGCAGUUAUACUAGGAACAAAUAAAACUAGACCGCAUUCUAAUAGCACUGCAAAGGGCUUAAGAGAUGGUGAUAAUGAGUUUAAAUUCCAAAGAUUGUUGAACGUUCCUGGCGUGUCAAAGGUUGAUUAUUUCAAUCUUCGCAAAAAGAUCAAAAGCUACAAUAAGCUUCAAAAGCUUUCAUGGAACGAGAUUAAUGAACUUAUCAAUGACGAAGAUUUGACGGAUAGAAUAUAUUACUUCUUGAGGACAGAAAAAGAAGAACAAGAACAAGAGAUGACAGAUGAGAAUCUUGAAUUGCGCGAUAAGGCAACCGAUAAUAACGUUUUUGAUGACUAUGGUGAUGACAUUUUGGAAGCGCCUAUGUAA